AUGAUACAUUUUGUGCUUCUUGUUAGUCGCCAAGGGAAAGUCAGGCUCACCAAAUGGUAUUCUCCUUAUACGCAGAAGGAAAGAUCUAAGGUUAUACGUGAGCUCAGUGGAGUGAUUCUGAACCGAGGUCCCAAGCUCUGCAACUUUGUUGAGUGGAGAGGUUACAAAGUUGUCUACAAGAGAUACGCGAGUCUCUACUUCUGUAUGUGUAUUGAUCAGGAGGAUAAUGAGUUAGAGGUCCUUGAGAUCAUUCAUCACUACGUUGAGAUUCUCGACCGUUAUUUCGGAAGUGUGUGUGAACUUGAUUUGAUUUUUAACUUCCACAAGGCGUAUUACAUAUUGGAUGAGCUUUUGAUUGCUGGUGAGCUCCAAGAGUCAAGCAAGAAAACAGUUGCCAGGAUUAUAUCUGCUCAGGAUCAAAUGGUGGAAGCUGCAAAAGAGGAGGCUGGUUCCAUAAGCAAUAUCAUCGCUCAAGCUACUAAAUAG